GGAGUUUCACAGUUGCCACUAUCAUCAGCUCGGCGAUCGAUUCAUUUCAGUUCCACAAAAGAUGGCGGACCGAACGCCUGGUGGCUCUCAGAAAGCUAGCGCUAAGGCGCUGCUUGAGAGCAAACUGAAGUCUUUCAGCAUUGGCAAGAUGGCAGUGGCAAAGAGAACCCUCAGCAAAAAGGAACAAGAUGAAAUAAAGAAAAAAGAAGAUGAACGAGCGGCAGCUGAAAUUUAUGAGGAGUUUCUUGCUGCUUUUGAAGGAGGAGGGGAGGGAAAAGUCAAAGCUUUUGUCCGUGGUGGCAUUGCAAAUGCAACGAAAGAGGAAGCGGCUUCUGAUGACAAGAGAGGAAAGUUGUACAAGCCUAAGUCACGUUUUGAGACCCAACCAAAAAGCAUCCUGCCUUUGGAAACUCCGCCACAAUUUUUAGCAUUAGACAAACGGCAUGGCUUAAAGAAGAGCAGUGAAAAGGAAAAGAAGAAGAGUAAUUUGGAGCUCUUCAAAGAAGAACUUAAACAAAUACAGGAAGAGCGAGAUGAAAGACACAAGAUGAAAGGACGUGUUAGUCGCUUCGAACCGCUCUCUGGGACAGAUGGAAGACGCUCCUCGGAUGGUUCUUCACGAAGAAACCGUCCGUCCAGUGUUCUGGAUGACUGUGCACCAGGUUCCCAUGACGUUGGAGAUCCAUCCACUACUAACUUGUACCUUGGAAACAUCAAUCCACAGAUGAACGAAGAGAUGCUGUGCCAAGAGUUUGGCCGGUAUGGCCCGCUGGCAAGUGUGAAAAUCAUGUGGCCGAGGACAGAUGAGGAAAGGGCUCGGGAGAGGAACUGUGGCUUUGUGGCUUUCAUGAACAGGAGGGAUGCAGAGCGAGCACUCAAAAACUUAAAUGGAAAGAUGAUAAUGAACUUUGAGAUGAAAUUAGGAUGGGGAAAAGGUGUGCCCAUUCCACCCCAUCCCAUCUAUAUCCCUCCUUCUAUGAUGGAGCAUACACUCCCCCCGCCUCCCUCUGGCCUCCCAUUCAACGCACAGCCGCGAGAGAGGCUAAAGAACCCCAAUGCUCCUCUGCUUCCUCCACCUAAAAACAAGGAGGAGUUCGACAAGACUCUGUCGCAAGCCAUAGUCAAAGUGGUUAUCCCAACAGAAAGGAAUUUGCUCUCUCUCAUCCAUCGAAUGAUCGAGUUUGUGGUGCGUGAAGGACCAAUGUUUGAAGCCAUGAUCAUGAACAGAGAGAUCAACAAUCCCAUGUACAGGUUUUUAUUUGAGAACCAGAGCCCAGCACAUGUAUACUACCGAUGGAAGCUCUACUCCAUACUGCAGGGUGAAUCACCAGCCAAAUGGCGAACAGAUGACUUUAGGAUGUUUAAAAAUGGCUCUUUGUGGCGCCCACCUCCUCUUAAUCCCUACCUCCAUGGUCCUUACGAUGAUGGUGAGGAGGAGGAAGAUGAAGAGGAGGCCAAUAAGAAAGGCUGCUUAAAAGAAGACAACGGGUAAUGUCAUGUUUCCGGGCAUGGGAGGACUGGGCUGUGUACCCUGACCCUUUUCUUAUCAAGCUGCAGAACAUCUUCCUUGGUCUAGUAAACCUCGCUGUGGAGAAGGAGCCUGUAAGCCUUGUUGUGGAGCCUGAGCCAGCAGACGACAUUGAUGGGGCUCCUAUCGGGGAUUAUGUAGAUGGUACUCCACUGGAGGACGUGGAUGGAGUGCCCAUUGACUCAGUUCCCCUUGAUGGGGCACCAAUCGAUGGAGCCCCUCUGGAUGACCUAGAUGGAGUUCCUAUCAAGUCCAUGGAAGAAGACCUAGAUGGAAUACCUUUGGAUCCGUCCAAGGAUGCUCCCUUCAAGGUAGCACCAUCGAAAUGGGAAGCAGUGGAUGAGGCAGAGUUAGAAUCUCAAGCUGUGACAACCUCCAAGUGGGAGAUAUUUGAGCAGCCAGAAGAAACAAAAAAGGAUGAUGCGGACAGUGAUGAGGACAGAAGCCCUCGUUCAGAAGAUAAUCAGAGCUAUUCCAACCCGAUCAGAGAUGACUCUGACUUUAAGUCAAAGAUGUCUGAAAUGAACGAGGAGAAGCGCUCUAAGCUCAGAGAGAUAGAGGUUAAAGUCAUGAAGUUCCAGGAUGAGCUGGAGUCUGGGAAAAGACCUAAGAAGCCCGGUCAAAGUAUUCAGGAGCAGGUGGAACAUUAUAGGGACAAACUACUACAAAAGGAAAAAGAAAAAGAAAAACUGGAGCGGGAAAAAGAGAAGGAAAAGAAAGAGAAGGAAAAAGCUGAGGCACGGUUGAAAGAGUUAAAGAAGGAAAAAGAGAAGGAGGACACACCAACCAGAAAGGAGAGGAAGCGUCGUCACAGUGGAUCACCGAGCCCAACGCGGAGCAGCAGCAGACGAGGCCGGUCGUCCUCACCUCGUUCAGAGCGCUCCGAAAGAUCAGAGCGCUCUGACCGAUCAUACUCUAAAGACACAUCCUCACGUUCUUCUCAUAAAGACUCUCCUCGAUCCAGCAACAGAAAGUCAUCCAAGAGAUCACCGUCAUCACCUCGCACACCCAAACGAUCCAGGAGAUCGCGCUCCAGGACACCCAAGAAAACAGCUAAGAAAUCCCGCUCCAAAUCAAGGUCUCCACAUCGAUCUCACAAAAAGUCAAAGAAGAGUAAACACUGACAUCUUUUUUUUUCUUUUCUUCCCCAACUCCUCCCUCCUAUUCUCUGCGCCAUGUGUAUAAAAAUUGACUGAUUUGGCAGCUGAAGAUUUCUGCCCUGAUGUUAAAGUGAGGACAAUGAAGUGUGGAGGGUUUUGCAUGGGUUUCCAUCUGGUGUACCAGAUAGAUGGCGCCACUGCUGUUUUAUAUUGUAAAAAAAUAAAUAACGUGCUUGUGUUUCCUGAUUCCCCAUCACCUCCAAAUGGAAUUCAUCCAUGUGGUAGACCACACCUGUAAAGAGUGUGACGACAAUAGUCUUAUUCAUGCUGUCAUUUUCUGUUUUUGUAGUUCACAUUAAAAAUAAUUCCUAAUAAAGUGA